AUGCUUCUCAGCGCUCGACCCGCCUCAAUAUUUGACGUUGUCGGUGGUGGAUCGGAAAAUUCGGAUCACAAUGUAUCCAUUGAUUUUCAUGGAGAUGCCUUUUCUGAGGCCGCUCAGUUCGAGCCCCCUCCACACAUUACAUCCCCGACUAGAGCUAUUCCUUCUGUACCUCAGGUUCGCUGGCCUUCCUCGGCAGAGAAUAACGUAGUCGCUGCUGAAGAGGGUCUUCGGCGUCGAGUUUCUCAGCGUCAAUCCAGACUCAAUCCAACCACAGACGGUGAUCCAAACUCUCCUCCUCUGUCUACUUCAAAAAUUUCCACGUUCAGAGUUCCUCGAGGCAGCUCAAAAGUGUUGCACGUUAGGCUGUAA